GACAAUACAUCAUCAACUGCUAGUGUGAGCAGUUCUAUUCUCAAUUAUCGAGAAGAAAACGGGAGGACAUACCACGCGUAUAAGGACGGACGAUACUACAUGCCCAACGAUGAAACGGAGAAUAACAGGCUAGACUUGCAGCAUAAUCUAUUCCUCCUGACUUUUGACAACAAGCUUGGCCUCUCCCCGCCAAAUCUUCCAGAGUUUAAGACCGGCCGGGUUCUCGAUCUGGGUACUGGCACUGGGAUUUGGGCAAUUGACUAUGCUGACGAGCAUCCCGAGUCUGAGAUAGCUCAUAACUCAGACUUGAACAGUGUACCACCGAAUGUCAAGUUCGAGAUUGACGAUAUCGACGAAGAGUGGACUUAUUCUCAACCUUUUGAUUAUAUUCACAGCAGAAUGAUGAAUGUCUCGGUCAAGAACUGGUCAGAAAAUCUUACGCCGGGUGGCUAUGCUGAGUUCCAGGACGUCGAUGUGUUGAUGCAAUCAGACGAUAACACUCUUACCGAGGAUCAUGCUCUUAGGAAAUGGGGUGUUCUUUUGGCCAAAGCAGCUCAAGAGCACGGAACCCGCUUCAUAGAGACUAAUCGACUUAGCCACCUUAUCAUACAUGGGCACUUUCGUUCGUUCGUUCGUUCGUUCGUUCGUUCGUUCGUUCGUUCCGUUUAA